AUGAACCAGACGGAAAUCUACGUGGGCGAGAAGCGAAAAGCUCAGAGAAAGAAAGCCCGCCAACGUCGCUGGUGGGUUCGGCCAGCCUUGCAAGAGCGAGAUAGAAUGGGCCAUGCCAAUGUGUUGCUGCCCCACCUUCGUUCGCGCGACUUGGAGUACUACAGAGACUAUUUGAGGAUGCCUCCACGGUGUUUCGACACUUCAUUAGAACUCCUCAAGCCAAGGAUACAGAAAAGUGACACGAACUACCGGAAGGCGUUUCCGCCAGAGCAUCGGCUAGCGCUGGCUGUGAGGUUCUUGGCUUCGGGGGAAACACUGCGCUCCUCAUCUUUCAGUUUUCUUUCUGGUCGCUCCACAGCUUGCAUGAUUGUCCCCGAAGUGUGCCAGGCGAUUUGGGAAGUGCUUGGGCCGGUUUACGUAUCACGGCCGUCAACUCCAGCUGAAUGGCUAAAGGUAACCAGUUCAUUGUGA